AUGCAAAUCCAACAGGAGGACGAGGUUGACGACAAGGAGCCUGACGUCCACUUCGAGCCCGUUGUCCACCUUACCGAGAAAGUCGACACCAAGACACACGAGGAGAGCGAGGAGCAGACUUUCAAGAUGCGCGCCAAGCUCUUCAAGUUCGACCGCGACAGCAGAGAGUGGAAGGAGCGUGGUACCGGCGAGGUCCGUCUGCUCAAGCACAAGGAGAACGGCAGAACCAGACUUGUCAUGCGUCGUGACAAGACCCUGAAGGUCUGCGCCAACCACUACGUCGUUCCCGACAUGAAGCUCUCCCCCAACGUCGGCAGCGACCGCUCGUGGGUCUGGAACGCUUCGGCCGAUGUUUCUGAGGGCGAGCCCGAGGCUCAGACUCUCGCUAUCCGUUUCGGCAACAGCGAGAGUAAGUUCUUAGCUACAAGCACUUCAGCCCAAGACAUGGAUGCUAACAUAUCAUGCNNAGACGCCAACCUGUUCAAGGAGGCUUUCAUCAAGGCCCAGCAGGAGAACGAGGCCCUCUUCAGCAAGUCUGACUAG